CUAAAAGCCUUUGGCACCCCAAGACCGCCGGUACCAUGCCGGUCCUCCGCUCCCCGUUCGCCGGGGGCGACCUCCCCGCCGGCGACGCCGACCCGGACUACCUCUAUUUCCUCGAACACAUCCGCAUCGACGGUGACUCCUACACCCUCGAGCUCCCCUCCCACGGCGACUCCCCGCCAUCACUCAUCAAGUACGAGACCCCGUUCGCCAGCCCCUCCGACGGCGAGUGCGUCUCCGAUCCCUCCCAGGGCCGCCUCAGCGGCAACCGCAGCGCGCAAGACGAGAGGGAACCGGUGGAGUCGGCGUCAUUGGAGACGGGACCCGCGUGGUACGAUUGUCUCCAUGACGUCGACGAGGACUACCGCCUCUUCCUGCAGCACACGCGCGUUGUGGACGGCCAAUUGGUUCUGGAGAUCGGGGGCGUCGUCGUCAACUACGAUAACCCGGUUGCUGUGGAAUCUCCGGGGGAGAAGGAUACGCAGCGGGGGGAAGAGGCGGUUUUUGCUUCGCCGGGGGAAGGGAUCAGUGUUGCAGCGGGGAGCGAUCAGGUCGCCUCCGGUGCUCCAGCGACGGCUGUUUCGGAGCAGAACGCGUCCGAUUGGCGUGCGGAUCCAUCACCACGGCGUGAGGUGAACGAUGGCGGAGAUGAGGGGCUGUCGGAUGCAAGCGCGCUGAAGGGCGCGUAUUGGGAGGCGAGCUCAAGCGAUGGCCGUCGUGCACCCCCUACUAAUUCGGGGGGAAAGGUAGAAAAGGAACUAGGUAUUAUAUGGCCUACACAUAUCACAAGAAGGCCAGAUUCAGAUUUCAAGCGAAGGUUGAUCAAGGCCCUUACAAAACCAGUUGCUCGGAAGGAAUACUAUAGAUUGUUUGACACGGUUACUAUCCGUACUCCGUUAAUGAAGCUGCGGCAGGUCCGCAACGAAACAAAAUUCUAUCCUACCGAAGAGAUGGGCAGUUCAUAUUUGGACCAUUACCCAGAUCUGGCGGAGCAAAUUAUGAACAAUGGCCGUCGUAAUGGCCUAGCUCUGAUGCGCGGGUUUCUCUUCUGGUUGCAGAACGCAGUACAUGAAGAUCAGUUCAAGCCAUGGGUAGAUGAUUCUAAUAAAGAACAUGAAGUUAUUUAUUUGGUGGAUUGAGCUCGCACUGACUUGGUGGCUAUAUCAUUCGUUUGCUUGAUUUCGCCCGAUGGUGGUAAUAACUCUGCGCGCGUGACAAAUUGUCCUCAGCGGAGACUGUACGGAUUCCAACAUGCGAUGGAAACCUCGAUCCUGGGACCUGGAAUACCAUGUUCACGAGUAUCUAUUGGAUAGCAAUGCACAUACAUUCCAGCUGUUGAGUGAAUAAACGGUUCCUCAUUGAAAAUAAUACAUGAACGCUCUAUCUU